AUGCCCUUCCCUUCCCCUCCCCAUCCUGCUCCAUCCCUCUCUCUGCUCCGCGCCUGCACCACCAUGAAGGAGUUCAAGAGAAUCCACUCCCUCAUGAUCCGCACCGGCCUCGCCCGAUUCGCCGUCCAUCAGCGUCGCCUGCUCUCCUUCUGCUGCGCCCGCGGCUGCGGCGACUUGGCCUACGCCCGCCUCCUGCUCGACGUAAUCCCCACCCCUGACCCCUUUCUCUGGAACUGCCUGAUACGGGCUCAUACCGAUCACCGCGCGCCACGCGCCGCCGUGGCCACUUACGUGGCGAUGCUCGCCAGUGGCCUCGCCCCGAACGCCCAUACCUUCCCUUUCCUGCUUAAGGGAUUCACUCGCGACGACGACGUCGUCCAGUGUGGCUACGAGCUCCACGCGCACGCCGUCAAGUUUGGGCUCUCCGCCAAUUCGCACGUCCGCAAUGCGUUGCUCCGCAUGUAUGCUGUCGGCGGCAAGGUCGAUUCCGCCCGAGAGCUGUUCGAUAGUUGUUCUGAGAGAGAUGUAGUUUUGUGGAACGCUAUGAUUUCGGGUUACAAUAGGAACACCUUGUUCGAGGAAUCGUGCAGAUUGUUCGUUUCUAUGGCGAGGGAAUGCGUAAGGCCUAAUGGGAUCACCUACAUCUCGGUGCUCUCAGCUUGUGCCAAAAUGAGAAAUUUAGACUGUGGAAAGCAGAUUCAUCAGUGCGUGAUUACCAGCAGCCAUCUCCCUGAAUUGAGGCUUCAGAACGCAUUGAUCGAAAUGUACCAACAAUGCAGUGACAUGGAGGCUGCUUGGAGAGUGUUUGUAGAAAUGCCAACAAGAGAUGUCAUUUCUUGGACAGCUCUAGUUGUUGGAUUCGCAAAGUCUGGGGAGGUCGAUCGUGCUAGAGAACUUUUCGAUCAGAUGCCACAAAGGGACCUUGUAUCAUGGACUGCAAUGAUCAAUGGCUAUGUCGCUGCGAACAAAUUCAAAGCGGCUUUGGAGGUAUUCCGUGCAAUGCAGGUCGCAAUGGUCAGGCCUGAUGCAUUUACCAUGGUGACUGUGCUCACUGCUUGUGCACAAUUAGGAGCCCUCGAGGUAGGAGAAUGGAUUAGAACAUACAUGGAUCGCAACCAGAUCAAGAUGGACAUUGCCGUGGGCAAUGCACUGAUAGACAUGUACUCGAAGUGUGGUUGCGUCAAGAAUGCAGUCGAGGUUUUCGAUAGAAUGACCUGCAAGGAUAGGUUUACAUGGACUGCUAUAAUUUCUGGCUUGGCUUUGAAUGGGCACGGGGAGGAUGCUAUCUAUUGGUUCUACAAAAUGGUCGAAACUGAUGUCAGACCAGAUGGUGUAACCUACAUUGGUGCUCUUACAGCCUGUGCUCAUGCAGGACUAGUCGACAAGGGAAGACAGUUAUUCUCAAGCAUGAUCACGAGACACGGAAUCAUGCCGAACGUCACACAUUACGGUUGCUUAGUCGAUCUUCUCAGUCGAUCUGGGCAACUAGAGGAAGCAUUGGAGACGAUAAACAACAUGCCCAUGAAACCGAAUUCAGCAGUUUGGGGAGCUCUUCUUGCCGCGUGCAGAGUUCAUGGGAACUUGGAAAUUGCAGAGUUGGCCGGAAAGCAUCUUCUCCGGAUGGACCUUCCUGACAGCGCUGCAUAUCUGCUCUUGUCCAACAUCUAUGCCAAGUCCAACAAAUUCGACGAAGCACACGAAAUGAGAGAAGCAAUAAGGGCGAAAGGGAUUCGAAAAGAGCCUGGUUGUAGUUCUGUGGAGAUGAAUGGGGAAAUCCAUGAAUUUGUGGCUGGGGACAGGUCUCAUCCCAGGAGUAGUGAAAUUUAUUCCAAGUUGGAAGAAAUGAGCAAGGAGCUGAAUGCUGCUGGCUAUGUGGCUGAUACAUCAGAAAUCUUUGUUAGUAUGGUGGAGAAAGAGAAAGCAAAUGCUAUCAAUGAGCAUAGUGAAAGGCUGGCAAUUGCUUUCGGAUUGAUAAGUUCAGAAUCCGGGGCGACAAUAAGAGUCGCCAAGAACCUGAGGAUCUGUGUGGAUUGUCAUAACGCAAUGAAGUUUCUCUCUGAAAUUUACAAGAGAGAAAUUGUUGUGAGGGAUAGAAAACGUUUCCACCGAUUUAUAAAUGGCCUGUGUUCUUGCAAUGAUUAUUGGUGAUCCAUACAUUCAGAUUGUGUAGCCAGUUUAUGUAUAUUCA